AUGCUUGUUACCUGCACCUCAGCAGGUACCAGGAGACACACAGAGACGGUUGAAGGUCUCAACAGGAAGAUGAAGACUCAGAAAGCAACGAUGCUGGUGUUGAUUCUUGGUCUGCUCUCUUUUGAGACAACUAGGGUACUUGAGAGAGACACAGAAAGGGGAGCAGGCACCCUGGGGCAUAACCCAGCCUUAGACCAAGUUCUAAGCUCUGGUGUGUGUCCCACAGGUAUUUACGACUUGGGCCAACUUGGCAAAGAAAGCCUCUGGAGCACCGCAGCACAGUUACAAGACCUGAGCAAAACCCUGUCCCUGCCAGACCAGCUCCAUAAGCUCCAGGAACAGCUUUACCAUCUGCGCUGGAGCACAAAGGAUGUCGCGGAGCAGGCUCUACAGGAAGGCUUGAAGCAGGCAAAGCUUCCAGGCUUUACCGGACGGGCUGUUCAGGAGAUCAUCAAUCAAGCCCUGGAGAAUCUGGUGGAAAUCCAGGUCCCGAUGCCGGAUUACGCCCUGAAAUCAGCAGGGGCUGCUGUCAUUCAUUCCAGGACUUCUCCAUCCCUGCGGAACGCCAAAGCCAAACUCUUCUUCUAUUCCCUGCCAUUGAUGGAUUACAUGAGGUCCCCUGAGCUUAUUCUGGAGCCAGAAAAUUAUCCUGGAAACUGCUGGCCCUUCCCAGGAAGUCAGGGUCAUGUGUUCAUCAAGUUGCCCGUGCCAGUCAUUCCAAGAGCAGUCACCAUGGACCAUGUCUCAGGGACAGCGUUCCACGGAGAAAGUAUCUCCGGAGCUCCAAAGGACUUUGCUGUCUACGGCUUCAAGGAAGAACACGAGGAGCAGGGAAUGUUCCUGGGACAGUUCACUUUCCUGGUGCCACUGAAUCCCAGUCAGACCUUCCAGCUGAAGAAUGAGCUCCCUGUGGUCGUGAAUUACAUCAGGCUGCAAGUGCUGAGCAACUGGGGCCACCCGGACUACACCUGCCUGUAUCGGUUCAGGGUGCACGGUGAUCCGCCCAAAGAUGGGGGAGACGUUCUUGUUUCAUCUGUCAAUAAAUUCCAUUAA